GAAGAGAAGGCAGACGGCGUCUGGAAUUCUUCUAUUUUUUUUCAAAAUAAUAAUUUUUUUUAACAAAUAUUAAAAAGAUAUGGAAGAGAUAUUGUGUAGAUAUAUUAAAAAUAUAUUAGGUACAUUCUCUAACGAUAUUUAAAAAAAAAUAAAAAAAAAUUAGAAAUUGAGAAAUAUUAAAAAGGGACAAUUUGGUAAAUUUAUAUAUACAUAAGUGUAUUUUUUAAAAAAUUUAAACAAUGGUGUAGUUUUCAAAUUAUAAUCUCAUUAGAGUGCAUUUCUCCAAAUUUUCCCUUUUUUAUUAAUAUUUUCCAUUUGAAAUUUCCAACUUAAUUAACGCAUAUAACUAAACAUAUUCUAAUAUAAUAUUUACAUUUUAUCAACAAAAAAAAUAGGAACAAAACAAUUGAAUUAGAUAUUUGAUGUCGGUUUAAUUUUGUUGGUAUACUUCUCUCCCUUCAGAAGUUCAGAUUUUAGUGUCUUUUAAUUUGAAAAACCAAUAAAAGAAAAAUCUAUGUUUAGAAAAGGAAAUUUGUAUUCUUACCCAAAAAAAAGGAAAUUUGUAUUUGCUCCAAAAAAAAAAAAGGAAAUUUGUGUUCAAGAAAAGGAAAUUUGAGGCCAAACGGUCAACGUAAACAUUCGGCUUGUUUAGAAAAGGAAAAGUUUGGGUGGGGAAAAAAGGAAAAGUUUGGGUGGGGAAAAAAGGAAAAUCAUAAACAUAUACAGUAUAUAUAUAUAUAAUCAAUCACACACAACAAUACUCACUGCACUUUUCGUUUUCUCUGAAUAACCUAAAAAGGAAACAAAUCGCAGAUACAGACUAGAGUGCUUCUUCUUGAGGGAGAUGACGAUGACCAUCCGCGAAAUCUGGUCUUGGAACAAGACAGAAGAGAUGAAUUUGGUGCGGGAAUCUCUUAGAAGCUGCAAUUACAUCUCUGUAGACACAGAAUUUCCCGGGUGUCUGAAAGAGACCGCCAUGGAAGCUAGCGAGGAGACUCGUUACCAAAACCUGAGGUUCAAUGUGGACAAAACCAAACCAAUCCAACUGGGUUUCUCCUUAUUCGACAGUGAAGGAGCAAUCAGCGGAACCUGGGAGGUCAAUUUCUCCGACUUCGACGAGACAGAGGAUCUUUGCAACGACAAGUCCAUCGCCUUCCUCAAGCGCAACGGGCUCGAUUUCAAGAGAAUCAGAGAGGAAGGAGUUGGCAUCAAAGAUUUCUUCACAGAGUUUACUCGGAUGGUUAAAGAUGAAGAAGACAAGAAGAUUAUUAAUUGGGUUACUUUUGAUGGAUCGUACGAUUUAGGUUAUCUAAUUCAAAGCAUGACCGGGCGAGAAAGGCUUCCCGACACGUCACUUGGGUUUAACGAAACGGUUCAGAAACUCUUAGGGUUAACUUUCGACGUGAAGAAACUUGCGGGACAGUGCAAAGGACUCAACAGCCGUUUCGGGUUGCAAAGAUUAGCCGACGAGCUUGGUAUCAGACGUGUCGGAGAAGCACAUCACGCUGGCUCCGACAGCCAACUGACGGCUCGUGUCUUCGCUAACAUAAAUCUCACUUUCUCUCGUGACCUAAAGCGGAAGCGAGAACAUGAACGAGAGAUUGUGAUGAUAAGGCGGGAACAUGACCGAUUGCAACAACAUCUUUUUAUGCAGCAAGUGAUGGAGCAAGAGAUUUUUAUGCGCAGAUGUGUGCCAAGAAGAUGUUAUGGACCAGUCCAUCCGCCUAGACCGAUCAUGUAUGCUCAUUAUCCAUCUCCCCGUGGCUACUUUGUAGUCCCGGUGGCACCUAGAUUGUCAAGGAAUGCACAACAGUGAAACAUUCGUUUUUUCUUUACGUUAAUUGUUCAACUACUGUAUGUAUCCUUCUUUUUAAAUACAAAUAGUAACUUUUCUCACUGAAGCUUCUAUGUUUACAUUCUUUCAACUUAAUUUUCUAACUGCAACACGAUAAUAACACUUUCAAAUAUUAACAUGUUUUCACCAACCCUGAACC